CAGCGAAAGUAUGACGACGACGAUGAGGAUGACGACGACAAAGCUGGGCUUCGAUAUUCCCAGCGCGCGUCAUGAAGCUGCGGCGUCUGCGCCAUUUUUGGAUGCAAUGGCAAUGAGAAUGACCAGAUCGAGAGAAAGAGUCUUAGGCAAGCGCAUAGUGCACCAUUUCGUGCCGAACCGAGAUCCAAGAGGAGCUGACGGAGCUGACGGUACGCCUACCAAGAGUUAUGACAGGCCACAGAGCUGUGCCUCCUUAAAAGGCAAAAGGUGCGUCCGUUUAUGGACUGACGGCGACGAUGGCGUGUUGACAAUGAUGUGGAUGAUUGGUGUUUUCUGUUGUUUCGUAAGAUGCAGCAGCAAGGGUAACCGUUCCCGACAACCCAACCCCAUCCUCAUACCCGCCCGUCAACCCAGUUGCCCAACUGGUCCCGUUCACGUUUCCUGUGAAUCGGCAGAAAGCAGCACAGAUCAGCAGGCCUCGGGAGUAGAGAGUCGCGUAUCGAGGCAAAUGUGCGUCGUCGCCGCGUUGCCUUAUAUGAACCGAGGAGACAUUCGUCUAGACGGGCUGGAAAAAAUCACAGCAGAAUCAUUCAGCAAUGCCAAGUUUGGAUGCAGCUACUCAAUGAUUGCCAUGAAUGAAACCCACGAAGCGGCCAGCGAGCAAUUACUAGCCCUAACUCCCAGCCCAGCGCCUUUCACUUGCUCAGCAGCUACUGGGCUAGUUUUUUUCUCUCUCUAAGUUGCCCAAAAAUGGUCUGAUGCAACGGCCCAGGAGAUGUCAUUAACAUUAGAGAGCAGGUGAAUGAAUGCAGCUGACAGGCGACAGGCGACAGCUGAGCUGCUGAGCAGCUCCAUUAUGCAGUCGGAGGCAGCUUGUCUAUGCCAUUAAGGGCGUUAACAGGGAGCAUUAGUAACCUGGACGCAACACCUGACGCAGCGUCGACAACAACAACACCAACAACAGCAAGGAGGUCAACUUCAGACAAAGGCAUGCAAAUGCGAUUUUCCCGCAGCCCGAACUGAAGUAAGAAAAACAACUUUUACGCUAAGCAGAUGAACAACAUUUGCAUACAAGCCCAGUCUGUGCCCAGCCUGGCAACAGUUUCUUUUUCUCUUCUUUUGGUAGCGAAAUCAAAAGCUUUUUAAAGGAUAUUUCAUAUAAUUUCACGCUUAAGAGACAAGCAACAUGCGGACAAGUUGUUUGCUUGGUGGCCAAGGAAAUUGGAAAAAAAAAACGCCGGGAAAAGCUGGCCGUAAACACUUGAGACCGCGACCCCCAAAACAGUCAAGAGCAGCCGUUGCUUUACCCACGUGCCAAGCUGCUUAGGAAAAAAUGCGACAGACCUCGAGCUCGUCCUUCGUCCUUACAUUUGAUUGGCGCAGCCCGUUGUUGUUGUUGUUGUUGCCGCUGCGAAAUAAUUUG